UCCCCUUUUCUUUCUUUCUUUUCUUAUUUUCUAAAAAGACAAAAACCUAUCACUUCUCUUAACGGAUCGCCAGCGCCGGUUCUGACGCUGUCUCUUUCUCCAGUCAACUCGAGCACCCAUACCUUCCCUCGUCGUCCCUUUCUUCCUACGUUUUCGUUCUUUUCCGAAAAUCCUACGACACCCCGUUGCAAAAGGAGCAAAAGAUAAUUAGAAAUUGCAGAAUCGGAGAGAAAAUUCAAAGAAAUGGAAGCUGAUUCCUUGCAAACAUCCCUGACAUGGCUUCACGGUGUUCUACAAGGUAAAAUAGGUCAUGGAUUGGAUACCAGGGUCCUUGAAGGGCUGCGCGUUGUCCAUGCUGAAAAGAGUUUUAUGCGAUUUGAUUUAGUCGUUCCAAAUGGUGUCUCAGAUGUUGAUGGAAAUUGGCAUGUUGGAGCUUUAGCGUCGUUGCUCGACCUGCUCGGAGGCGUUGCCAUUUUCUCGGUUGCCAAUCGUAUAAUCAGUUCAGUCGAUUUCAACGUUUCGUAUUAUCGAACAGCUAAGAUUCAAAAACAUGUAGAGAUAGAAUCAAAGGUUACUGCAAACAGAGGAAAACUUUGGUUGAAGUUAAGAGAAAAGGAAACGGACAGGUAUUUGCUGUAGGAAAACAAUGGAUGG